CCUGUAUUAUUUGAACUAAACGGACACUACCACACACUAUCAAAGUAUUUAUAUUUUAUGCAAUCCAAAGAGAACAUGAAUUAAUUUAUUUUGAGACGAGCAAAAUACUUUUAAUUUCUAAACCGUGUCAGACAUCACCGGAUGUGUCCGUGACGUCUUCCGUCGAGAGAAACAACUUUGAAGUUGAAAAAACGUCCCGGCUUGUAUUUUGAUACAAUUAAUAUUUUCCCAAAACAUGGCCACGAUCCAAACCGUGCAUUAAAUGAUCACGCCUUGAGUUUGGGAUCGGUUUCAUCUUCAAGAGGCGGAAGCGACGAUUCUUAUUUGACAAGGGAAGCUACCUUUUCUGUUAGCCAUUGUGUAGCCACGGGGCUAGCACAUUAGUAGCUGCAAAAAAAAACAACCGCUUAUCGCUUCUUGCAGAUGGAGGGCAAAAAAGUCGCAGCCAUGCACACCCUGAAGCUGAUCUCCGCGACCGAUCCGCAGUAUUCCACCACUUUGCUUACGUCUCUGAACGAGCAACGGAACAACGGAACGUUUUGCGACGUCACCAUCAUCAUCCAGGACAAGAAGUUCCGCGCCCACAAGACAAUCCUGUCCGCGUCGAGUACAUAUUUCCACCAGCUCUUCGUGGUGGCCGGGCAGGUCAUAGAGCUCAACUUCCUCCGAGCGGAGAUCUUCGAGCACAUACUUAAUUUCAUUUACAGCUCCAAGAUCGCACGGAUUCGCUCAGACAUGUUGGAGGAGCUCAUCUUGGCCGGGCAGACUCUCGGGAUCAACUUCAUUGCCAAGCUGGCCAAGCCGCUCUCGCGAGUCAAAGGUCUGCCCGGUUUGUCCAAGGAGGACGAAACCCGGGGCGAAGGGUCGUCGGAGAUGGUGAUGCCCAUCAUCUCGGAGUCUUUCUCCAUAUCUGCGGAAGAGUUCAGCAAACCGGCGGAUGAAGACGACGACGACGUCAUGUUUGUCUCGCAGACGGACCCGAAAUCCAGGGUAUCGGGGGAUGUCAUCGAUUUGGAAAUGGAUUCAGUCGAGAAGGAGCCGAGCAAAGAAUCUAAAGAUCCAAAAGCAGGAGAUCCAAAGCUUCCUGACAUUCCGGCCAGCAGCUCCAACAAAACCAAUUCGCCCGCCAAGGUGACCUCUGGAAGUACUCUCGGCGUCAUACCUGAACUCCAGAGUGCCUCUCAGUCGUGUGGAAGCAGCUCGGCAAAGGGGGACACCGCGGACAUACCUGGAGUCCAAAAAAAGCAUGUUUUUUCUUCACCUCAGCAAGGGGAUUCCAAAAUCAGGCUGCUGGACGUCUCGAAAAAAAACGUGGUCAAACCUGCGACGGUCACCAAAAAGACGGUGACACUCAAUGCAGCCACGGAAAUCGAUUCUAUUUCUCCCAACUGUAAAGUCUACGCCAACAUCGGGGAGAACACCUACGAUAUCGUGCCGGUGAAGGAGGAUCCAGGAGAAGGCGGCUCCAAAUCCAACAAAGUGAAGCGAGCCAUAGCGGAAAUACCCGAGAACCUGAAGGCUGUACCUAACAAGAAGUCCAAAUCAGAGCCGGACGACCACUACGAGCUUAUCAUGGAUGGCAAGACCUUCUUUGUGUGCGUCGUGUGCAAGCGACCCUACGUGUGCCUCACCAGCCUCCGCCGCCACUUCAACACGCACUCGUGGGAAAAGAAGUACCCGUGUCGCUACUGCGACAAAGUCUAUGCCUUGGCCGAGUACAGGACUAAACACGAAAUCCAGCACACGGGCGAGCGGCGCUACCAGUGCUUGGUGUGCCACGAGACCUUCGUCAGCUACCAGAUGCUGUCCAACCACUGCAAGCAGGUCCACAACCAGGACCCGAGCGGCAGGAAGGCCAAAGACGGCGAGGAGAACCUCUACCGCCUGCUGCCGUGCAAGUCGGUGCAGAUGAAGCCGUACUCGUGGAGCACAGAGGGGGCCGCCGUCCCGUUCAUCUCAGAGGACGGCAGCUUGCACCACGGUCCCCAGGGCCCCGAGGACGCCGUCCACCCGUCCCCUCAGAACCGCAUGUUGAACUGGAACGACAUUUUCGCGGAGUCCGAGGAGCAAAUGCUGAUUGGCGGGCAAGGACGGCCGCCCAUGAACGCUCGUCCUCCUCAGGGGAAGUCGGAAUACGUUUUCACUAUUCCCGAGACGUAUUGAGAGACGCCGACUUCCCUCCCCAUCACACUUGUGCCUUCUACGGGGCCCCCUGCUUUGGACUUCUUCCUUCUUUUCCCUAAUGUUGGUCCAGAUAAGUGAAUGUUGACUCAACUCAAACAAGACUUUCCAUUUUGUCCCUUUCUUUGGAGGGAAGGAUUAGUGAUGGUGAUGAACUCCACAGUGUUGACGCCCAAGUUUGGACCUUUUAGCCUACAACAAGAUGGCAUUUGUUCAGUAAAAACAGAAAGCACUGCAAAUUACAGCAACUAAAACUGUAUUGUAGGACUCUUUAACUACAAUGUGGUUUCUAUACGAUAACAUUGCUGAAGGCUUCAGUUUAAGCCAGGGGUGUACAAACUUUGAUGCAUCGAAGAUGCUAAAACCAACGCGUAGUCAGGAACGUGCAUUGAUGCUAAAGGCUGGUGAGGCACCGGCCUUUUUAAAGUGGACCUUUUAAUGAUUUCAAUUAAAUCAAUUUCUAUUUAUUCAGGAUAGCCCCUUGAGAUGCAGCAUCUUGUUUUCAAGUGGGUCCUAAAUAACUUCCUUGUGGUCCAGAUAACAUGUAUUGGAUAUGCUUUGGUCUAAAUUCUGCGUACCGUUUUUCCCGACUAUAAGUCGCACCGGCCGAAAAUGCAUAAUAAAGAAGGAAAAAAACAUAUAUAAGUCACACUGGAGUAUAAGUCGCAUUUUUGGGGGAAAUUUAUUUGAUAAAAUCCAACACCAAGAAUAGACAUUUGAAAGGCAAUUUAAAAUAAAUAAAGAAUAGUGAACAACAGGCUGAAUAAGUGUACGUUAUAUGAGGCAUAAAUAACCAACUGAGAACGUGCCUGGUAUGUUAACGUAACAUAUUAUGGUAACAGUCAUUCAAAUAACUAUAACAUAUAGAACAUGCUAUACGUUUACCAAACAAUCUGUCACUCCUAAUCGCUAAAUCCCAUGAUAUCUUAUACGUCUAGUCUCUUACGUUAAUGAGCUAAAUAAUAUUAUUUGAUAUUUUACGUUAAUGUGUUAAUAAUUUCACACAUAAGUCGCUACUGAGUAUAAGUCUAUGAAAAAAACUGUGACUUAUAGUCCGAAAAAUACGGUACAUUUUUUACCACAGUCCCUUUUACAACCCGUUUACGGAGGCUUUCCGAGAUCAAAAAUGAAACCACGCCCCACCCUCUCUGAAAGAAUCAAUUUAUCUAUUUGAAAAUAUAUCUUGAAGUCGCCACCGCUACCUUUUUCCCCUGACACGGUCGGAAAGAAACUUCGUAAACAUUAUACAGAUUCACCCGGUCACAACACUAGGUACACCUGCACACUCGCCGAUUGAUACAAAGCUGCAUAAAAUAAUCUUGCUUUUAGCAGCGUUUUGGUCACUGCAUGUCGCAGGUCUGUAUUAUUAUGCACUUGCCCAGAUUAUAUGAAGGUAGAUUUAUUUAUACUGAACAUGAAUAUUAGAAGCUCCUCCCCCCUAGAGCAGAGAGCUUUAUGUAAAGGGCCCCGCCGUAUUGUUACUUACCUAUUGGUACCUGCAGUUGUGCAUUUGUGAUCCGCAUAACUCCCGAAAAUUUGAAAUCAAAUCGCGAAGGCAUUGUGGAGAUAUUUAGAAUAUAUUCUUCCCUUCCUUCAUAAUUCCGCCAAACGAACAGUUUGGAAUCUGCAAAACCGGUGACGUCACCGGAUUAUCCAUAUAUUGUACACUUUAAAUUUACCCAAAGUGAAGUGUAUAGUUUUAUAUAGCGCUUUUCUCUCGUGACUCAAAGCACUUUGCACAGUGAAACACAAUAUCUAAGUUACAUUUAAACCAUUGUGGGUGGCACUGAGAGCAGGUGGGUAAAGUGUCUUGCCCAAGGAAACAACGGCAGUGACUAGGAUAGCAGAAGCGGGGAUCGAACCUGGAACCCUCAAGUUGCUGGCACGGCCGAGCUAAACCGCCUCUUUGCAAGCUUCUUUUUCGUAAUCCUCAGGCUCGUACAUGCACAUGCAUCCUCCACUGUUGCCAUUUCUAAUACAAAUUAAGUGUAUAGUUUGAAUGUAUAGCUGUCAGUAGACUCGCUAUGGAAGCGCUAAAAAUGACAACAAAGAUGGCGGGGAGAAGACGCUGUCGAAGUGGAGCCACGUAAAUAAGACCGCCCACAAAACGGUCAGAAAGCAGCUUGGAAUUGGUCGGUAAAAAAUGAUCGAUGCAACAUUUUGACCAAAGAACCACUUUUACAUGUUCUGUAGACCACAAGGAAGUGUUUUAAAUGUAGACAAAAAUCAUAAUAUGACCCCUUUUAAUGUCCAAAUAAGCACUUCCGCCUUGCUGUGUGACAUCACAACGUAUCGUGAACACAGGCAUCCAAAACUGCCUGCCUGUAAGCUCACGCCGAAAUGUUCGAACUAUAUAAUUUGACACUUUGACAUUGUUUAACACGAGAAUGCAACACUUUAACAACAUUUGUAAGUCCGAAAAGACAAAAUUCAUCAUAGUUUCUUGUGGCAUUAACUUCUUAAUUAUACAGGUUGCUCAUUAAAAAGUUGACAAGAAAAACCCAAUAAUUAAAAACUUUUUUUUCACCAUUUGAAAAAAAAGGUGGUCUUACAUUUUUCUGUAAGAAUCAAUCGGCAGAGAAGUCCUUUUUACUUUCAUGUGAUAUUGUACAGCACAGGGGUGUCCAAACUUUGACUUGGGGGCCGCAUUGGACUAAAAAAAAUUGGUCGAGGGCCAAAAGCAACUUAAGAGUAUUUGAAAUUUCGAUUCCUACCUUGUUUACUUCUGUGACAACCUCCUUAAAGUUUUCUAAUCAUUUAGAAAUAUCAAACAGCUAAAAUGCAACAAACACGGAUUAGUGUGGAGAGUGUGUUUUGCAUUCUUCCCAUCAUGCUUUGUAUGGGUGUCAUUUAGAUUUUUUUUAUGGUGCGUGGACAUUUUUUAAAAUAAUAUCCACAAAGUUUAGUGAGCAGCUUGUGUUAUGUGUGACCAUGUCUGUUGACUUUGUUUUGCGCCUUGACUAGGGAAGGUUGUUUGGAUUGUGUCAUGCAAGUACAUUUCCUAAGCUGUGUUCACUUUCAAGCACAAUUCAUAGUCAUUGGCCUAAUUACCUCACGUUGUCCACAAAAUGUUGACAAAGUUAAGAUUGUCAGAUAUUUAUAGAUAAUUUGAAAACACCCCACGGGCCAGAUUCAUGACAUCCAGGGGGCCAAAUUGAAGAUGUUGGCGGGCCGUAGUUUGGAUACCCCUAGUUUAGCACUUUUCGAACAACAAAGCCGUGCCUCGCUGUUAAAAGACGGUAAAGGCAAGCACGUGCCGGUCCACAUACGCCCUCGCCACUUAAAGACAUUACACGGGCUGGUGCUUAAUAAAUAUUUCUGCAGACAGACACAUCCAACCCAGUUUAUGGAGGAGACAAGCGAGCCUUAUGGGUUUCGGUUUUGUAUUUGAUCGGAAAGUUACUCACUGAUUUUAUUUUUUUAAAGGAAAUGUUACAUGAUUGGAAUCAAACAACAAUACAUUAUGGUUAAAUGGACAAAUAGUAUUGUUGUUUUUUAAGUUAUCAAUCAAACAAAUCAUUCCCAUCUUAGAUUAUUGCUGUCGGUAAUGAAGAAACAGUGUUCUAUCAAAUGAGUUCAUUUUAUUUUGAAAAAGGGCAAUAAAGGCGCUGCAGGUGAAAAGCACUUUGGACACCUCUGGUUUAAGCAGACUUGAUCAUUUUACAUUCCCUGUUUUGAAUUCAAUUAACACCUCUUUGCACUUAAAUAUGAUUUGAAAUAUAUAUAUUAUUUGUAUUGUUUUCAAUUCUGCGUAUGGGUAUGACGGAAGGCAUUGAGUAUGUUGUACCAAGACUGUUUUUUCAAAGUCAAAAUCUGUAUCUUUAUGAGCAUGGACACGUUAAGACGACCAUUGACAGGAAAAUGCAGUUAGCACUUAGUAUUUAAACUUGUUUGGACUCUUUAAAAUGGACUUAGUAUUUAAACUUGUUUGGACUCUUUAAAAUGGACUUUUCACUGUGUCUAUGAGUGUCGUGGUUGAGUUAACGGGUAGAAGUAGCAGGGACUUCCUACGUCAUGUCAGUAAUAAUUAACAGACUAACAUGGGGUUGUGUGUGAUGUACAGUAAAUGUGUCUUUAUUUUGUAGAGCCAAGCUUGUUUUUUUUUUUAUAAUGUGGCCGUAUGUGUAUUAAAAAAAAAGGUUCCUUCCGUCUUUUUGACAAUAAAUUAUUCUUUUACUGUUUAAACUCAUUUCUGGGUGUCAGCAAAUCAGUAAAGCGCUGUUACUUAUAGAUGCGAUGUCGCAGAAACAAGUGUGUUGAUUGCGCAAACCAACUUUAAUAGCAAGACAAAAUGAGACUCAGCAACCCUGAGAACCGGAUUAAUGAACGCAGCGCAGGAAGAGUUUAAUGAACUAGAUCAGUGGUUCUUAACCUUGUUGGAGGUACCGAACCCCACCAGUUUCACAUGCGGAUUCACCAAACCCUUCUUUAGUGAAAAAUAAAAUUUUUUUUUUUUUUUUUCAAAUUCAAGACAAAGUUAUAUGUUUUUGGUAACACUUUAGUAUGGGGAACAUAUUCUAAGUAACAAAGACUAAAUUUAGAGUUAUUUGGACACUAGGGGAACAUUCUAAGUAACAAAGACUAAAUUUAGAGUUAUUUGGACACUAGGGGAACAUAUUCUAAGUAACAAAGACUUAAUUUAGAGUUAUUUGGACACUAGGGGAACAUAUUCUAAGUAACAAAGACUCAAUUUAGAGUUAUUUGGUUAGGGUUAGGGUUAUAAUAAAGCCAUGCCGAAUAAGGCAUUAAUAAGUACUUAAUAAUGACUAGCUAAGAGCCAAAAUGUUACUAAUUUGCAUGUUAACAAACAACUAAUUAAUGGUGAAUAUGUUCCCCAUACUAAAGUGUUACCAUGUUUUUUUUUUACUGGUGCACAAAAUGAACCGUGCAUGAACAUCACCUUGUUCAAAAAACAAAACCAACACAGUGCAUAAACUCACAACAAAUUACACACCUGCAAAUCUGUCAGCUCUUGCCGUAACUGUAAUACGCCGAUAGGGAGAAGUUUGUAUUUACACGAUGAGUCGGUGUGUCUUGACCUCCGCCGAACCCCUGAGGCCGACUUACCGAACCCAGGUUAAGAACCACUGGACUAGAUCUACAUUCUACCUUAAUAUCUUUUUCCCUCCUGUCCUCGUCCUCCUCAUGCAUCCUUUCAUGCCAUCGUCUGCUUUCUGUGAGUCCCGCACUGACAUCUCAGCUCACAUUCUGCAGGUGAAAUGUUCACUAAUUACACAGAGAAAAAUGUGUUUGUGCUGGGCAGCAUUGAGUGAGGCGAAUCCAUAAAGAGAAAAUGUACUUUAAAGGUCCCCUAUUAUGCAAUAUGUACUUUUGAAUUAUGUUUUAACAGUAAUUUUUCUCCCUUCGGCUUGUUUUUGAGCACCAAAAGUGAGAGAAAUCCACCAUCUUCCAUGUUGACUCUACUUUUUGGAAAAAAGGCGCUCAAACGUUUGGUUUUUCCCAAGUGUUUUCAUGACGCCAUGAAGGAAAAACGUCCUUCCUUAUUGACAUGAUUGCUUUUAGCUGGAUGGAAAAAAAGGCAGGCUUCGCUACACCUUUGAAAAUGCAGCCUGGUGCUCUUCCAAAUUAUCCGUUAGCUGCAGACGUAGAAGCUGUUAGUUUUAUCGUUCUAUUUUUCUGCAACAUAUACGCUAACCGAGCAUGUUAGCACUGUAGCUCACAUGGCUACGCUAGAAUUGCUAACGUUUAUGACAGGGUUGUCCAAAAUGCGGAACACAGCUUUUUUUGUUGCUGCUUUUUUUGGCCCGCGACACA